AUGUCACAGAACUUCACAGGGGAAUCGGGUAAACUUUAUCGAAACACAACCAAAAUCCUCCACCCUCACCAGGGGAAAACAAUUACCAGUCCUUUAUCCGUUUAUCAAAUUUGCAGAAGAAUAUCUGCAUCCGCCAGCGAUAGCCUCUGGCACCAUAUCUGUGUUUCCUGGGAAGGAAAUUCAGGAUCAUGGAAAUUCUACAUCGAUGGAGAUAUGAAGGAUCAGGGUACAAACCUUGGGAAGGGCCGUGUGAUAAAUCCAGGUGGUAUCUUGAUGCUGGGUCAAGAACAAGACUCAUUUGGAGGCGAGAUCUCGCAUUCUCAGUCCCUUCAAGGGAUGCUUUCAAACGUUAACAUAUGGAAUGUAUCACUUUCUUCUAAACAAGUGAGAGAGAUGUCACAAAUGUGUCUACUAGAUGAAGCUCCCAAUGACAGAGUGCUUCAAUGGCUGGAUUUCGUUAAUGGAGCUCGUAAAGGUGGAGUAAGGCUGGUGAAAACAUCUCCUUGUAAGAUAGAGAAAACGUGUCGCUGUCCCAAAAAGAUAUACGUGAACUGGGUGAAACUUCCGCAGCUUUGUGUCACUCAAAGCACAGAAAAAAGCAAAGUACCCGGGGGACUUUUCCCUAAACUGGUUUGCGACAUGAUACGUCACGUUUGUGGCACAUGUCAUCAACAUAAAAGAACUGAAAUUAUCUUCAAUCAAGUUAACGGGAGUUUUGAAGAUAUGACUGGUGUACACAAUGAACAUAUACAUCUGAAUAUGCCUAUUACGAUACUGCCUCAAGUACCUAUCUCAGGGGAGGGGUGGAGACUUUUGCCCGUAGUGGAGGUACCAGGGUUUGCACUUGUCACGAGGAAGCCCAGUGUAAACACAUUUGCAGUUAUUCUGCAAUCAUCUGUCCUAAGUUGCUGGCCUCUUUUUGCCAUGAUGCUUACGAUGCAGUUCAUGUUUGGAUUGGCGGUCUGGGUUGUGGUGAGUAAAGUUUUUGCCCUUUUCAUUCCCAGAUCUCCUUGGUAA